AUGGAUGGUAUUAAUGAAAAAAAUAAUUCUACUUACUCUUUUUUUUAUCAAAAUUUAGCAGUAACAGGGUUUUACGAAGAAAAUGCUCUAUUUAUGACUGUAAAAGAAUUAUUUGAUAAUUCUAUUGAUGCUUUAUCUAAUAUAAAGGACGAGGAAGACAAAAAAAAAAAAAAAAAAAUUGAAAUAUUGAUAAAUGAAUAUAAUAAAAAUUUAUCAUUCUAUGAAAUAAUAUGUAGAGAUAAUGGGGAAGGCAUUCAGAUUAAAGAUUUGGAAAGUUUUGCUGAAAUGUUUUUAACAUCAAAAGAUAAACGUAAAACAUGUGGAAAAUUUGGAAUAGGUUUAAAAACAAUAUUAUUAUAUUCUUUUAAAACAGCAUAUGGAUUUUUACAUAUUAAAGUAAAAGUUGAAAAAAAUAAAAUUUGGGAAUUUAUGCUAGUAAUUGAUAAAAGUUUAAAUCACACAUUUGUACAAAAUUUCAAGGAAUAUAUUGAUGGAGAAUGGAAUUGGUCAGUAGAAAUAUCAGUUAUUUUAAAAAUUAAUAACAAAUUUAUUAAUGAUAAAAGAAUUUUUUUAUAUAUAAAAUUAGCACUUUUAUGGAAGAGAGAUAUUAAUGUUAAGUGCUGCUGUGAUUCUGAACAGUUUACAUAUUCUUGCGAUGAUCAUUUUGAGGAUGAUCAUUUAUUAAAUUUAAUAAUUGAUAAUGGUGUAUCUAUGAUAUUUCAAAAAAAACACUUAAGUUCUUAUAAUUUUAAUUUAAAUAUAUGUAUGGAUGUAAGAAAAUCAGAUAAAAUUCUUACAAAUACACCAAAUACCAAUAUAGGUAUUAUAUUUUUAAUACGAUAUGUAAAUUCUAUGCCUCUUUUCGGUUCUAAUACCGAUUGUUCUAUAACAAAUGAUUUCAAAAAUUUUCUAAAGUUAUAUGGUCCUCAAUUUGGAAUGGAACUUUUUUCUGUGAUGGAAAAUUCUAAUGAAAUUUAUUUAGAUGAAUUAAUUAAUUUAGAAUAUUUUAAGGAUCUAAAACAUAUAUGUGACACAUUUUACUUAAAGAAAUCAGAAAAGUCUACAUGGAAUUUAAUGAUUUUAGGAAUAGAUGUCAUAGGCAGUGAUAUAUCUUUUGCUAAUUUAAAAAAAAAUUGCAUAAAAGAGGGAGAAUAUUUAUCUAAUAUAAUUAAAAAGUGCUUAUUAAAUUCAUUUAACAAUAUAAAAACAAAACUACCGCAAGAAUUUGAAAGUUUAUCAGAUUAUCAACUAAGACAAGCAUUAGAUAUAUAUGGUACCCAAUUGGCUUCUUCUCUAAGUAAAAUAAUUUUAAAAGGAAGAAAAGAAUUUAAGAAUAAAGUAUUUUUUUUAUUGAAUGAGAAAAAAAAAGAAAAUUCUAAUGUAACCGAAAAAGAAAAAGAGGAUAGUUUAGAAAAAUACACAAUUCAUGCAAAUGAACAAGAUCUAAUGGAAGAGCUUUAUUGCUAUAUCAAAGAAAAAGUUUUAAGUGAUGAAAAAGGAAAUGAAUAUGUUAACACAAAAAAUGAUUUAUCUGAAAGGUCAAAUGCAUCGAACUAUGAAGAUGAAAAAGAUGAUGAAGAAUAUGAAGAAGAAUAUGGUGAUAAGAAUGAAAGUGAUGAUAAUGAAUAA